AAAAAAAUAUGACCGUUGGCUCCUCCUCCUUAUAAAUAAGAAGCUCUCCCUCUCUUUCCUUGUUCAUCAUCUCUCAAAUCCCUCACAGAUCAGAAAAGAAAAAAAGAUAACUAAGUCUCUCUGUGUUCUCUUCUCCCCUGUUCUCUCAAUCUUUUAUAUGGCUCCGAUUGGCUUUAGGCUGUUGUGGCUUUGACUUCUUUCUAAAGUCUUCAAAAUUUAGUUUUUCACAAUCACGUUAAAUUUUUUUAAAAGUCACAGCCACAACAGCCUAAACCAAUCGGAGCCAUGGUGAUGAGUUCUUGUAAGGGUAUUAAGGCAAAUCGAUCUCGUGACACUGGAUUCCGACAAAGAUAUGGUCUGCUUUUGGUUCUCUGAUUGGCGUCCCCAAGAAGUUACUCAAGAGAUGUCAGGUUACCCUCCGACGAGUCAAGGCUACGGUUACGGUUACGGCGGCGGUAAUCAACCGCCUCCACCUUACUCCUCCGGCGGAGGAAACAAUCCGCCGUACGGAUCAUCAACAUCCUCCUCUCCUUACGCUGUGCCCUACGGCGCACCUAAGCCGCCGUCCUCAUCCGCGCCGCCGUCUGCUCCGUCCUACGGCGCGCCGCCUCCUUCCGCACCAUACGCGCCGCCGUCUGCUCCACCGUACGCGCCUGCUUCGUCAGGGGACUACAAGCCGCCAAAGGAGAAGCCUUACGGAGGUUACGGAGAUCCACCGCCGCAUGACCCUUCCGGUUACGGCGCUGCACCACGUCCCGGUUACGGACCUCCGCCGAAGCAUGGACCGUCAGAGUAUGGCAGUUACGGUGCUACUCCACCGCAAGGAUACGGUGCUACUCCGCCGCAAGGAUACGGUGCUGCUCCACCGCAAGGAUACGGUGGUGCUCCACCUCCUCGGCCGGCGUCUUCAGGGCACGGAGGAUACGGAGGCUAUCCUCCUCCUCAGGGAUCUUAUGGAAGCCCAUUCGCUUCUCUGAUUCCGUCUGGUUUUGCUCCGGGGACGGAUCCGAACAUAGUGGCUUGCUUCCAGGCUGCGGAUCAGGACGGAAGUGGGUUCAUCGAUGACAAGGAGCUUCAAGGGGCUCUCUCCUCGUAUCAGCAGAGAUUCAGCAUGAGAACGGUUCAUCUUCUUAUGUAUCUGUUCACCAACACCAAUGCCAUGAAGAUCGGACCUAAGGAGUUUACUGCACUUUUCUACAGUCUUCAGAACUGGAGGUCUAUCUUUGAGAGGUCUGAUAAGGAUAGGAGCGGAAGGAUAGAUGUGAAUGAGCUGAGAGAUGCGCUUAUGAGCCUUGGUUUCUCAGUUUCUCCUGUGAUUUUAGAUCUUUUAGUUUCCAAGUUUGACAAAAGUGGUGGCAAGAAUAGGGCCAUCGAGUAUGAUAAUUUCAUUGAGUGCUGUCUUACUGUUAAGGGACUGACAGAGAAGUUCAAGGAGAAGGACACAGGAUACUCAGGCUCAGCUACUUUCACUUACGAAUCCUUCAUGCUCACUGUCCUCCCCUUCCUCAUCGCUUAAGGGUCCCGUCUUCCACAUUUUCAGACUUUUUUGGUUGUUGUUGUUGCACGUUCCUUGUUAAGGUGAUUUUCCGGUUUAGUUGAAGUCCAGAGUUUAAAAAAACAAAUGUAAAAAAUCUUGUGGUAUGAAAGAACCAAACAACUCAUGUUUGCUAGGAGCACUCUACCUUGUUAUGGUUGAUUUUUUUUAUCUUAUAAAUGAGGUUUGUAAUUGGAUUAUACUGUUUGCUAGGAGCACUCUACCUUGUUGAUGA